CUCUGAUCCAUCCGAAUCGUUAGCAAUUCUCGAUACAAAUAAAAUCUAACUACAAAACACCUUAAUCCUCACGAGGAUAUGGCCAUAGGGUAUUUCACAAAAGGAUUGAAGCUCCAAAUGCAGAUAUAUACAAACAAUCACUAGUUCUCAUCGAUGAAACACGAAUCUGGCUUCCUACGCCAUCCAGGUCGCUCGAUUCAAGACGCAAGUCCAUAUUGGGAUGGUCUUCGAUAUGCUAUCGGGAAAUCUUUUCCCCUUCCUGGUUGAAUCAACAAUCAUACUUCCUCCGUUCGGCGAGGGCGGCGGCAUGGACGGUGGAGGAGGAGCGGAGGUGAGAGAGAGCCCUGGAGCGAUGGUUGAGGAGGGAUUUGAAGUCCCUGAGAGAGAGGUUUCGGGUGGGCAUCAGCCAUCGACGAGGGGCAUCGGGGACUCGGUGGAGAUUCCCCCUGUAAAGCGAAAUCGCCUCCAUGUCUUCCAGUGCUUCGACCUUGAUUUUGCUUUUCAAGCUUCUUCUUCUCUUAUUGCUCGGCGGUGGUGAUUGACGACAAUGGAGAUGCGA